GUUGUCAAAAUCCUUGGCUUGGGUGGGAGGAAAUUUGCGCCCAUUUUUCCACUAUUACUAGGAAUAUCUGACAAUUAAUCUUUAAAUACUGUAAUAAUCCAUUAGCCAAAAUGACGAUCGGGAAGAAUAAUAAAAUGCAACAGCAUAUAAAUUACCGGGUUCGAGUUAUACUGCAAGAUUCCCGAACCUUCAUCGGUACAUUUAAAGCAUUCGAUAAACAUAUGAAUUUAAUUCUUGGUGACUGUGAUGAAUUUAGAAAAAUUAAAUCCAAAAGCGCUAAAUCUACAGACAGAGAAGAGAAAAGAGGUCUUGGGUUCGUUUUGCUGCGAGGUGAAAACAUAGUCUCUUUAACUAUUGAAGGACCACCUCCUCCAGAAGAAGGUUUGCCUCGUGUCCCAUUACCUGGCGCUAUGGGAGGUCCAGGAGGCGGCCGGGCUGCUGGGCGAGGAGCCGGGCCCGGCGGGGCCCCGCCAGGCCUCCAGGGGCCGGCCCGAGGGGUCGGUGGCCCCUCACACCAACACAUGGCACCAGGCUCGCGAGGACAACUUUCUGCACCACCUCAAAUGCGUGGAGGUCCUAUGAUGGGUGGCCCUCCACCAGGCAUGAUGGGAGCUCCCCCAGGAAUGGGUCGUGGAGGUCCUGGUGGCCGUGGACCUCCUGGCAUGAGGCGUUAUUAGUGUAGAUUUAAUUAUAAAUAUAGAAAUAAGAAAUUAUAACUACAUAAUUACAGUGAUAACAGAUUUUCGAAAUGAACACUGUUAUAGCAUAAAAGGUGAGCUUGUACGCCAGAAUUUGUGUCAGUUUAUGGUGUAAUCAUAUAAUGUCUGAUUUUACAUGAUGUAUUUCUUGUAUAACUUAAGUGUGAAGGACACUAAUAAAAUAAUAAACUUGUGUACCCUU